AUGCCUUCAUCGGAGCGCCGGGGAGGGGGAGGCGGGGGUUCGGAUGGGUACGGGUACGGGUAUGUCAUGCUUUGGGUUUUACGCGGCCCUUUCGGGGGUUUGUUUCUAUGCCAGCAGCGGACUUGUUGCUGUUUUCUUCUUAUUCAGGUUGUCAAGGGCACAAAAGUCAAGGUUAGGUGGUCGAGCAAGGAAAAGCAAAACAAACCCGACAGCAAGAUGGGAUUACCCCGCCUUGACUGCCUACCUUAA